CAGCACAGAAUUUUUAACCAACCAGUUUCGCUAGCUUCAGCUGAAGUUCCAGCUAGACUUUCAUGGCCAUAGAAGUCGCAGGAGCACGCACUUGCAAAAUCGUACGCCUUUCUCGGUGGUGUGAUGUCUCUGUGGCCUCUGGCGAUCCAAAUCAAACCAACUCUCGCUAGGUCGCUCGCUCUGAAGGCUGCAUUACGUCGCGCAACGCUGGGCGUUGGAGUCGUACCAAGAUCGCGUGCAUUUGUCCCAUCAUAUCAACUCACCCGCAUGGCGUCGGGUGGCUCCGCUGUUCCCAAUGUCGACGAGUCGUCCCUGGGCGCUCCAGAAGGCGUGGCUCAUGAAUGCGAUGCGGAGCGAGCGAGGCUUCCAGGGGCUGGAGCAGGUCGUGACAAUCCGCAGCAAGUGGCCGGUGCUCAGCAGAAGCUGUGUGCAGAACGAGGGGACAGGGGUAGCAGAGGUCGUGCUGGCAGCAGGAGAGUGGCUGUGGCGCAGAUGACAGCUGUGGGUGAUGUUGAGAAAAACUACGCUACAUGCAAAUUGCUAGUCGAGCAAGCAGCUGCAGCUGGCGCAGCACUCCUGUGCCUGCCUGAGUGUUUCUCCAUCAUUGGUGCACGGGACGGAGAAGCCGCGGCAGUUGCUGAGCCAUUGGAUGGCCCUAUCAUGAAGAAGUACUGCCAACUCGCAAGAGAGUUUUCCAUAUGGCUGUCUUUGGGAGGCUUCCAGGAGGCAGGAGGUCCCGAGGCAGGCAGGCGUUUCUUCAAUACUCAUGUGCUGGUGGAUGAUGCGGGGAAGAUUCAAGCAGCUUACAGAAAAAUUCACCUAUUUGAUGUGGAUGUGCCUGGAGGGCCUGUCCUGAAAGAGAGCAACAGCACAUUGCCGGGAUCAGCUGUUGUAUCCGCAGUGUCUCCUGUUGGCAAACUGGGUCUAACCGUUUGCUAUGAUCUACGCUUCCCAGAGCUUUAUCAACGUCUUCGCUUUGAUCAUGAUUGUGAUGUACUACUGAUCCCCGCUGCGUUUACGCAAAAGACUGGGGAGGCUCACUGGGAAAUUUUGUUGCGGGCACGUGCUAUAGAAUGCCAGUGUUAUGUCAUUGCAGCAGCUCAAGCAGGUCGGCAUAAUGAACGAAGAGACAGUUAUGGUCAUGCACUUGUGGUGGACCCAUGGGGCAAGGUGGCAGCUCGUUGCUCUGGAAUUGCUACAGUCGACAUUGACAUGGACCUUAUUGCUUCUACAAGGCAAAGGAUGCCCGUUGGACAGCACCGAAGGCUUACUACGUAUGGAGCUUUUCCAACAGGGUAAAUCACUUUAUAUCAGUGAUCCUUAACUAUGACCAACAUCUCGCAUGGAUUUGUUCAUUACCUACGUCUGUAGGAAUGAGCUCGUUUGGGCAGCAGGAAAAUGUUUAAAUUAA